UAGGUUUCUGGGUUUCAAUAUGGCGGCGCCACACGGGAUGAGAGCAGUUUGGAAUUUCUCAUCGGUUAGAGUAAACCCAAUCAUCUCAACUCUUUUGGCGCCAGUGACAAGAUUGAGACAGGCUUGUUCUAUUCAUAGUUCUGCCCUUUGCAGUCAGUUGUCGGAUAAUAAUCAGUUUCCGUCAGAAAACCGUCCUCCUGUUGAAGAAAGUGAUGUAGUUAAACCAAGUGAUGGUGAUGCUUUUGACAUUCCUAGAGUGGAGAAAAUUCUGGAGCAUCCAGAUUUCUUUGAAGUACACAAACUCUUCACAUUGAGAGAUCUAUUCAAUGCCAAUGUACAUCUUGGCCAUUUUGAAGGCUGUUGGGAUCCACUAAUGAAGCCUUACCUCUAUGGCAUAAGAGAACAUCAUCAUAUCAUUGAUCUCAACCAGACGGCAGUGCAUUUGAGGCUGGCUUUGAACGUCCUUGCACACAUUGCUUACAGAGGAGGAAUAAUCUUAUUUGUUUCAACACAUCCACAGUUUGAGGAAUUGACACAGCGAACUGCAAGAGACUGUGGAGAGUACUUCAUCACUAGGAAAUGGCGAGCAGGAACUUUGACUAAUUCUUACAUGUUACUGGGAACAACCAAACUCGUUGAUCUGAUUGUAUUUUUGCAUUUGCCAUCACUUGGAACAAAAACACAGCCAGUGACAGAAGCGGCAAUGGCAAAUAUUCCAACUAUUGGUGUAGUGGAUAGUGACUGUAAUCCUAACCUAAUUAUGUAUCCAAUCCCUGGAAAUGAUGACUCACCAUCUGCUGUUGAAUUCUACUGUGACUUGUUUAAGAAAGUAGUGUUAAAGGCAAAAGAAGUGAGGAAAGCCAAGGAGGAAGGUAAUGAGGAAUUGGGUGAAAUACAGUUGCAAGAAGAAAUUGAAAACCAGGACGAGGAGACUGAAUCAAAUCUCUGAUGCAUGUUGCUUCUUCUGAAAUGAAAUGAACCAACUGCAAAGAC